ACUUAAAACAUGCUAAAUGACUUACAUCCGGGUUCUUAGUCUGUAUACUGUAUAUAAUGUACAUCUAUAAGUCAGAAUUCUGGGUUUAUUUAAUGUUGUUUUCUUAGAACAAACUCGUUAUUUAGAUUUCAGUGUCCUUAAAAAAAGCAAACGAACAACAAAAACAAAGGUUCAAACAGGUUUAAAGUGUAAUAUUAUAGCUGGGACAUCAAUGUCACGUGAACCACGUGACUCUUAACAACAACUGGUGACUUUACACCGAACUUGAGAAGUACAGGUCAGUAAGCAGCAUGGCGCAGCACUGGGCAGGAGGCCACACUGCCCCGGUGCUGUGCGUCGGAGCCGCAGGAGGAGGCGACGGAUUUCUGGCGUCGGGGGCCGAAGGAGGCGAGGUGACCGUGUGGACUCAGGAAGGAAAGCCUCUCUCACAGCUGCGUUUGACCUCUCGAGACGAUGUCACGUGUACGGUUUUCUCCAACGCGGCACCUGGAUUGUUGUACGUGUCUCACGGUGAGACAGUGAGCAUCCUGGACCCACGCAGUCUGAAGAAGCCGGUGGAGGAACUCAAGGAUGUCGGUGAGGACGAAAUCAACUCGCUCUCGGUGAGCGAAACGGGCGCCUCGCUGGCACUGGCGGACGAUUCCGGGGCUGUCAGGGUGGUGGACUUACAGACGGGUAAAGUGAGCCGCACUCUACGAAAGCAUACCAACAUCUGUUCUUCCGUCACCUUCCGACCCCAGAGGCCACAGAGCCUCGUGUCCGCCGGAUUGGACAUGCAGCUGAUGCUGUGGAACCUGCAGAAAGCUCGUCCAGUGUGGACCUACAGUCUACAGGAGGCGACGGAGGAAGAAGAGAGAUCCCAUCAACGAGCAGGUCAGCUUUUCAACCCGCCUCUGGCUCACUGUGUCAGCGUGGCAGCGUGUGGAAACAUUUUGGCGUGUGCCGCAGAGGACGGGCGCGUACACCUCGCCCGCGUGGGUGCCGGUUCCAGACUUGAGCAGCAGGGGGCGAUAAAGGCUCACAGUCAGGGAGCUUCUCAAGCUCACUUCCUUAACUUCAUGCCUCAUCCUUACUGGCUGGCCACCGGAGGCAACGACGGAGUAGUGGCACUGUGGGAUAUCAGCGAGGAGCCUGUUGUGGCAGGAGAGGUCAAGGCCAAGGCGCAACGCAGGAAGCCCAAAAACAAGACGUCAAAGCCGGCGACUCACGAAGCGCAAGAGGGAAAGAGAAGCGAAGAGGAGCUCGCAGAGGAGGCUAGAAGUAUCGACCCGAGUCGGACGAAGAUGGCGUCGAAACUGAAACUGGCCCACGGGGAGAAGGUGAACUGGGUGUGUCCGGCUCUUCUAAAAGGACAACCUAGCUUACUUGUGGCGGAUCAGAGCUCCAGUUUAUCUGUGUACUCUCUGUCUGGGCUUUAGCUGCAUUUUCUCCAUCAACAGUGUGGGGAAAAAGAACUGUUUAUCUUUAUUUAUUUGCCUUGUGGUUAAACAAAGGGUGCUUUUAAAUACAGAGUACAUCAGACUGACUGA